CGGCGGACGGACACUUCGACUGCGGGUAGCGCGCUGGCCAGGCGAGUCUCCUCAGGCAAUUCGUGCCGCUAGCCUAGGCUGGCCGCUCACUUGGAGCCGGGGCAAGGAGCCGGCUGCCGAGCCGGGGGCAGCUGCCAGCAAUUCUGGAGAGACUCUCCAGCCCACCGCUAUGGAUCUAUUCGACUUUUUCAGGGACUGGGACUUGGAACAGCAGUGCCACUAUGAACAGGAUCGGAAUGCACUUAAAAGAAAAGAAUGGGAACGGAGAACUCAAGAAGUCCAGCAAGAUGAAGAUCUCUUUGCAUCAGGUUUCAGUCUUUUUGGGGAACCCUACAAGACAAACAAAGGUGAUGCACUUGCCAGCCGCGUCCAGAACACACUGGGAAACUAUGAUGAAAUGAAGGACUUAUUAACCAAUCAUUCCAAUCAGAGCCAACUAGUGGGAAUCCCCAAGAAUUCUGUACCCCAGACUCCCACUGAAAAAAAUGAAUCAAGCUUUUUUCCCGAACAAAGGAACCGGAUGAUCGUACCUCAUCAGAGCUGUAGCAAUUCAGCAGCAUCAGUGCCUCCCCCGACUUCAGUGACCUCGAGUUCAAGUGUAUUACACAGUCAUCAGACCAUCAAAAAAGCAAGAGGUGAUUGGCAACGAGCUGGUCACAGCUCCACCGUUACUCAGGCAAACCAGUCUGCUGGGCAGCCUAGUCGAAUGAAACACAGCUCUUCCCAUGAUCAGUCUCAAGGCAGAUAUGAAGACCUGUUCAACUGUCCAACAGAACAGUCCAAAAAUGGAGGAAUGGAGGAUGCCAGCAUGGUAGCAGUAUCUCAUGCAAGAAGACUUAGCCAUUCAAAGUCCAGUGGUGGAGAGGCUUCUUAUAAAGAGAGCAUUCAAUGCCCAUCCCCAAUAGAUUUUGAAUUUUUAGCAAAUGGGCCUAUUUCUCCGCUCCCUUCUACAUCUUUACUCUCUGCAGCCAGUAGUCUUGCGAUUCAAAAUUUCCCACAAGGCCUUUACUGCAAAACGAGCGUGGUUCAGCAGAAGCCUACCGCUUAUGUGAGGCCCAUGGACGGUCAGGAGCAACUACCAGACUUCUCCCCAACAAUGAAGCCGUUGCUUGAAAUUGAGAGUGGAUUUUCAAGUCAAACAUUUGGGACAGUGCUGGAGGGAAAACCUAGUGCAGCCACUUCAAAGACUAAACUCACAAAGCUCACCAUCCCUCAGCCAAGUGAAAUCAACCUUUCCAAUGACCCCAGCUGUGUGGAAGAAAUUUUAAGGGAUCUACAACUUUCGACCUCAGGAUACAGUGCACAAAAGUGGAGUGACCAAGACAUCAAAGCAUCAACCAAACUACCUAUAUCACAAAAAUCAAUGCUUGAAGACGAUCUGAAAAUCAGCAGUGAUGAGGAUGAAAAUGAACAGGACAUCGAAAAGGCAAAAGCCACGGACAUUCCUUCAAACACAACGCUGCCGCCUGUCCCGGAGCCCAUGGUCAUCGCCUCCAGUGGGGGGUCUGGAAGCUCCAGUGAAUCGGACAGCAGUUCGGAGUCUGAUUCUGACAGCGAGAGCUCCUCAAGUGACAGCGAGGGCAACGAGGAGUCCCGCAGCAAUACUCCUCAGCCAGAGCCUCCUUCAACCAACAAAUGGCAGCUGGACAAAUGGCUCAACAAAGUGAACCCGCAUAACAAAACAAUUAUAAGCAACCAAAAUGAGACAUCCAGUGAGAAUAAUUCUCUACUUUCCAUCACCCCACAAACCGAAGCACAGAAUAAAGGAAAAGUCAAUCCUGGCCUAUUUCAGAUCGAACCCAAAGAGAGGCCCCUGCUGAGCCCUCUCCGGGAGAAAGCUCGCCAACGGCUCAUCCAGAAACCACCACCUCCUCUAGAGGCCAAAAACUCUAAGCAGAAGUCACCUGCUCCAAAUGAAACAGGCUCUCAGAAGAUCAUGGGCAAAAAGCAACCCCAAAAGGUCGAAAGGACACCCAGCACCGAAGAGUACCCCUGGCCUAGACCAAAUAUUCAUCCCAGCAACACUCCCAAAGACAAAGACACACCGGAACACGGAGAGCAGGCCAAAGCACGCAACAGAGCUGCAGUUGGAAAACUGGCCCCAAGGAAAGAACCCAAACUUACGGCAGCAUUUAUUGCCGAAAAGAAGAAGUUGAGAGGCCCUGGAAAAAUCGUUCCCAAAUCUCGAGAAUUUGUUGAAACCGAUUCCUCAACUUCAGACUCCAACACGGACCAAGAUGAAGCCUUACAGGUUAAAUCGGGGCCUCCCUGUCCCACUCCGACCAGUGCCCCCAAACCGAAGGAGGCUCCAGGCAAUGGCAUUGUCAAUGUCAGCACUUUAACCGGAAGCAGCAGCAGCAGUAACAGCAGCAUCUGCAUGGAUGCCACCACCACUGAAGUGGAGGAGCAGCUUUUCUCACCUCUGCCCAUUGUGCAAACUGAACUUCUGUCCCCAAUACACGAUUAUGACGACGCUAAUUCACUUUGGGUCAAAAUAGAUCUUGGCUUACUGUCUCGAGUACCUAGCCGAGAACCGCCUGAAACCACUUCCGCCAAGACCGACGCCAGAGAAAAUAACGCAAAACAGCCACAGUCACAGACACAGCCAGCACAGCCCCCACAGUCCCGAGAGUCACCUGGUCCUUCAUUUGCUGAAAAGGUGCCGGCCAAGAACAAGAGGAAGUACAAGUCAGCUGACCAUCUGGACCUGUUCACUGACAACAAGAAGCAGCGGCUAGAUGAUAUCCCACCAUCCUGUCUGCUUCCACCUUGCAUUUCACCAAUACCCAAUAGUCACAGAUUCCCCAGCACUAAAGAAAACAAUCCAGCCAAAAAAGUGACCAAGAAGAGAGAUGACAAGCUAUUCCCACCUCCACUGUCUCCCUUGUCAGAUGAACCCUUACAGCGACGCGCCAGUUCUGACAGCAACAAUUCCUCCAGUCAGGAAGUUCCCAUGCCUACUGCUUUUCCGGCUGCCAGCUGUUCUUUUUCCAGACCCAGAAAGAAUGAGACCAAGACCAAUUUAAACUUCAGAAUUUGUGGUGAAGACAACUACAGUCGGGGUCCUAGCGUCGGGCUUCUGGAUAGUAAUCAACUGGAGAUGGCUACUUGGUCUUCGAUGUCCUCCCUCGCCAAUGGGAGCUCAGAGUCCAGAAGACCUCGGAUUCAUUUUGAUGACGUGCCUCACAAUGCCGACUAUUACAUGCAGGAGGCCAAGAAGCUGAAGCACAAAGCUGAUGCACUGGCAGAGAAGUUUGGCAAAGCCGUAUAUUAUACCGAUGCAGCCCUCUCCUUCAUCGAGUGCGGCAAUGCAAUGGAGCGGGACCCAUUGGAAGCGAAAUCUCCAUACACCAUGUACUCUGAAACUGUGGAGCUCAUCAGAUACGCUCUGAGACUCAAGAACUUCACGUGCUCUUCUGCAACAGAAUGGGACAAGAGACUGGCAAUUUUAUGUUACCGAUGCCUAUCACUCCUGUACUUGAGAAUGUUUAAACUUAAGAGGGACCAUGCUAUGAAGUAUUCCAGAUCUCUGAUGGAAUAUUUUAAGACUUCUUCCAAGGCUGCCCAGAUACCAUCUCCAUGGGGAAGCUGUGGAAAGAGCACAGAUGCGCCAUCCCCUUUGUCUCUCAGCCCUUCAUCAUCAAGUGCUUUACCAUCCCUGGGACCUAUCGUCAUUCCUCACCGAAUCCACCACAUGGCAGCCAGCCAUGUCAACAUCACUAACAACGUGCUUCGUGGCUACGAACACUGGGACAUGGCCGACAGACUGACCAGAGAGAACAGAGGUACCGAUUUGACCGCUCUCUCCAAAAAGGAAUUCUUUGCAGAUUUAGAUUCACUGAUGGGGCCUUUGACUCAACACAGCACAAUGACCAACCUGGUUCGUUACAUCCGCCAAGGACUGUACUGGCUUCGCCUAGAGGCCAACCUGUCCUAAUGUCCUAACGGCCGUCAUCUUCAUCAUCCCAUAGUUCUACCUCUACCAGCACACUGAUGAUCACUGGUGGAACUCCACUCAUUUGGGAAACAUUUUUUGGUUUGUGUGUUCAUUUUAUGCCUCUUUUGAUAUCUGUGGGAAGCAGGAAUCAGUCAGUGUAAGUGGACAUUACACCUCCAGAAUAGUACACGUUUAGUCACCUAGCUAUUUCAGGUCAUUUUAGCGCCAUCUUUCCAACCAUGAACCCCUUCUAUGCUUUACAAAAUACUACAUUCCCUGCAGUCUUGUUUCAUGUCCACACUGCCUAAAACUAAAAAUGGAAAGAAAGCACUUUGUGAAGAUGACGGAUUCCUGAGAAAUAAAGCAUAAAUGUCUUACCGAU